GCGUUCCGUGCACGUCGCAUACGCCUACGGCAGUUGGCCUUCAAUUGCGUUGCGUUGAUAAGAAACCAUAAAAAUUACACGUUGACAUAAAAGCACACCUAUCGCGUCUAUUGUUAAUCACAUUAACGAUUCGGACGAGACAAUCGCAAACAAUCGCAAUAGUUGACGCGUGUUAAUCAAGAGUGCGCUGCACGAAAGCGAAAUCAUUUCUUUCGCCGUGGGAUUCAGAAAUUCUUGUUCGCGACCGGUUCGUGUACCGUGCGCCAACGAAAGCGAAACUUUUCGGUAAAAGUGCAGCCACACGCAAACGCGCUCAGGUGGACAGUGUGUUGUGAACGUCGUGAAUACCAAAACGGGGCCAACGCGUGGUCCAACAUCCAGUUUGAUCGAAUUAUCUAGAUCGCAAAGAUCACAAAUCAAUCAGCGAAAAUGUCGUACACGGCGCUCACGAUAAAAUACCUCCUGUUUCUAUUCAAUUUACUCUUCGUGAUAACUGGAAUUGUCCUGAUAUCCGUCGGAGUAACCGUCAAAGAAUACUACAUUUCCUAUGAAGAUCUACUGGAUCAGCAAUACUUCUCCACGCCGAAUUUACUCAUCGCCAUUGGAUCGAUUAUCUUUAUCAUCGCUUUCUUUGGAUGUUGCGGCGCAAUCAAGCAAAACUAUUGCAUGUUGAUCACGUUUGUCGCACUUUUGGUACUUAUCUUUAUCCUGGAAUUCGCUGCUGGUAUCAGUGGAUAUGUACUUAAAGGCGCUACCGAAGAAUAUCUCAAAGGAAGUAUGGAGGAGAGUAUGAAGCAUUACAACGAUACAGCUACGAAUGAAGCAACGGAGAUUUGGGAUCUUGUCCAGAAUAAGUUCGAAUGCUGUGGUAUUGAGAGCGCUAAUGAUUGGGACACGAAUGUACCCGCGUUGAAUGGCUCCCUGCCACUUUCCUGCUGCACUAUUCCUCCGGGUACCGUUGGAGAGUAUGUGUGUAAUAAGGAAGCUAAAGGUUUCCACAAAAGUGGAUGCGAAUCUGCCUUCGGGACUUAUGUGCGUGAACAUGCUGUUACCAUCGGCUCGAUUGGUUUGUCUUUCGCCGCGGUGCAGGUUCUAGCGAUUGUUUUCGCUUGUCAUUUGGCCAAACAAGUCAAACAGAACUACGUUCCGUAUGCAUAAUUCACGAUAUCGUUUUAUUUUCCUACUUAAAAUUAAGUAUUAAAACAUCUGCUAUAGAUCAGUAAGUGUGUACAUUUGUGAAUGUAGUUUCUUCAAAACUUACAUGCGUGAUGCCUGUAUUACUUUACCUUGCGUGCGUGAAAUUGAUUAUUUGAAAAUAAAUACGUUUUAAAAAGUAUGAAA